CCAAAAAAAUUACAAAAGCUAAAUACAAGUUCAAAAAACACCACUUGAUCAACCUAUUUGCAUGGCUCAGCCCAGCUUUCUCUCAGCAGAAACUGAGACACUGAGCCAAGUCCUCGGCCUAGUAGAAACAUUCAGAGCUUUUGAUUCAGACAAUGAUGGGAAAAUUACUGCUGCAGAGCUUGGUGGGAUUUUAGGGUCACUUGGGUACAACCCUAGUGAAGAAGAUGUGAGGGCAAUGAUGCAGCAAGGGGACACGAACAACGACGGUUUCCUAAGCAUCGAGGAGUUUUUGGAGAUGAACACGAAGAACAUGGAAUUCGGAGGGCUUGAAAAUGUUCUUAAGAAUGCUUUUGAAGCGUUGGAGGUCGAUGGGGAUGAGGUUGUGACUGCAGAAGAGCUUUAUGAGGUUAUGGGAGAUGACUUGGGGUUUGAGCUGACACUUGAGGAUUGCCAGGGGAUUAUUGCUUCAAUUGAUAUAGAUGGGGAUGGGGGAGUUAGCUAUGAUGACUUCAAACUUAUAGUCAACUCACUCUGAGAUUUCUAGCGUUGUAUGAUCAAUAUAUAAUUAUACUAGUGAAUAGUGAAGUAUGUAAUAUGUCCAAUCCUUUCUGAAUAAAUUCUACUAUUUCUUCUACCACA